CAGCGACAAGACAUAGUUGACUAAUACACCACAAGACAGGGAGAUAUCUGUGUUCAGAAAAGGGACUUGAUUCUGUGUCAAAAGAUCACAAUUUCAAGAUGGCGGAAGGAGUUUCAACCGAUCCACUGCUCAGUAAAGUCAUCCUGGGACACUUGGAGUGUUCCAUCUGCUGCACUCGUUACAAUCAACCCAAAAACCUGGAUUGCUCACACAGUUACUGCCUCAAAUGUCUCCAAGAACUUAAGAAAACUCAAAAUCCUGACACUAAUAAACUAAAAUGUCCUCUGUGCCAGAAAGAAACCAUCUUACCACUCGAUGGAAUGACUGGAUUACAAAGCAACUACCUUCUGAUUGCCAUGGUGGAGGAAGUCAACAAACACGAACAGCUUCCACUAGGUGAAGAGUCAAAGGUCAUGUGUCAGGCUUGUGAUGAGGAAAACGCGGCAUUUUCACGAUGUUUGAAUUGUGAACAGUAUUUCUGUGUUGAGUGUCAGAAAGCACACCAACGUUUCUCUGCAAUAAAGAAUCACGAGAUCAAAACUUUGGCUGAAUUGCAAGAAGUUGAUGAAACCCAAACUGAAUCAAAGAUGACAAUCUCAAGAUGUGACAUCCAUCCCAUUCAAGAGCUCUGUCUCUACUGUAUGACGUGUGAGCAACUAAUCUGCAAAGUAUGUGCAAAACAGCACCGGGCACCAAUUCACACAAUCGUUGAUAUAAAGAGUGCUACAGAAAAAAGCAUUCGAGAAAUUAUAGAUAGUGCUUCUCUGCUAGAUAGAAGUAGUUGUAACUUAACCAGUAGAUUGGAGCUUUUGUUACAUAAUCUUGGUAUCAUGAUCAAUGAAACAAAGAGGCACAUUUCUGAAAAAGCAGAGAGAGAAAUUUCAAAGAUCAGAAACAUGGAGAAAAACCUUUUGCAAGAGGCUUCAGAUGCAGGCAGUAGAAAGGGUAAAAUAUUAGCAAAACUUAUUUUUGCAAAUGAGUCACUAAAGAUAGUACAAUCUCCCCACACAGCUUGCGAUAGUCUAAAAAUACUUAAGAACAGACAAAAACAUCUUCAUGACUACAUCAACAUAGAUGAAGAAGCUGAAGAUUUGACGUAUGAUCUGUCCUUCUUAAGUUUCAGGGAAAGUGGAUGUACGAUCGGGACACUUCUGCGCACAGAAAAGUGGCAGGAAAAGGUGAAUACCACACUGGGCGGAGAAUGUAUUGGAACAUUUUCCACAGGGGAUCUGUUAGUAGUGGGUAAAGGCAAAGAUACAAUACUCACUGAAAUAAAUUCAGAGGGGACAGUUUCACACAUUUACGGUCAGUCAUGGUUUCGUGGAAACCUAAAUAACCCAAUUUCACUUGCUGUGAAUAAAGAUGACCAUAUCAUUAUCUUGGACGGCCCAACGGUCAAGACUCUUGGGUCCAACUGUCGGCUUCUUCAUCAGUUCACUCCAGGUAAAGAGUCUGACAGUGAACCCACAUGCCUUGCAGUAGAUGAGAACAAUCUGAUAGCAGUGGGUUAUAAAGACAAGGGAGAGGUUUCUUUACACAACCCCGAUGGAUCCCUCAUCAGAACACUGUCUGCUCCAGGGAUUGGUAAGUACAUGGCCAUGAAUAACCAGAGAAUCAUUUACACCUCGCGUAGUGCACUUAUGUGUCUCGAUAUAAAUAACACAACACACGAAGGACGGUUACUCUGUGCAUAUAAAGAUGAUACUACGUAUGGGAUUUGUUGUGAUAAAGUUGGUGAUGUCUAUGUUGGUUAUGAGGGGGAUCCAAAACCUGACAUCAAUGAAUUAAAUAAAGUGCCUAAUAAAGAGUGUGGAGGACGACAGCCCCUUCAGCGUCCCGGUUCAAUAUCCAGCGCGAAGGCUCAGGGUUUAUCUUUCGGUACAGCUCAAUUAGUUCAGAAACCCAAGCUGUACUGCGUUUGUCAUUAUAGGUUUGGUACUGACCCCACAAUCCUAGCCCGUUCAAAUGAUACCUUCCAUGACGUCACAUACACUCCCCGUGGUCACCUUGCAGUGGUUGGCGAGAACUGCACAAAGUUAUAUCAAAGAGUCUAGUAAGAGAUCAGACCGGAAAACAGUUCUCAAGACCCUUGUUAUUUGGUUAAGAGCAAAGACAACUUGCUCUUUGGGUAAAGUUCGCCGGAGAGAGUUAAGUAUACCGCCAUCCCGGUACCAUGACUGGCUUCCUUUAACUUGUCAGAUUCCCGCCAAAUACACUGCCCAAAUAAAGAAUAGAGCGCUACAAAAAAAGCUCAGUCCCUAUUGAUCUUAUAUUGAAGUCGCUGAACUUAGUUCCUCUACUAGCAAUCUAAACCAAUCAGAGCAAAAUGUUUCCUUUAGAAUAUAAAUGGCAGAUUUCGUGAAAUCAAUAUUUUAAGAAUUUAGGGUUUUUCUCCUUGUUUCAAAGCGGUAUUCCCCAGUGUUGCAUACGUUGUCUUCGUUCAUGCUGUUGAAUAUUGUUUUAAACGUUGACUGUUUUUACUGUUUGUGUGAUCGUGCUACUGUAGAUCCUUCAUGUUGUAUUGACUUGUAUUUUGGGGGUUGAACAAAUAAUUGACUAGAGUGGGAUUCGAACCAACGACCUCCGGAUUACACGUUA